UCAGAACGGUUGUUUGUUAUAGAGUUUAUCAUUAGGUCGCUGGUUGGCCGUGUACCAGUAAGCGCAAGUAAGCGUGUUUGUAAUAGAGUGAAAAAGCGCGGUUAGGAUUGCUGACGCAAUCCUCCUUACUUUUUGUUCAAUCAUAUUCUGUAUUCCUAUUUAAGCCUUUUGUUUCCCAUACAACUUUCUGCAAUGGCCAAAUCGUCCCUGCCCUAAACACUGGGGACGGGUGCCAAUUUAAAAAGAAGAAGAAGAGUCUAUUUAUUUAUUAUGCGAGCAACUGCUUUGGAAUAUGAUCGUAUUGUCCCCGCAUAGAGAUGGGUAUCAACAUUGUCUGAACUGAAUUGAACUGAACUGCGAGCAACUGCGAAAAGAGAGAAACGGAACAGAUCCUAUAUCCCGUUGGUAUAACAGGUUUUCUAACCUGAAAAAUACACCCAGUUUCCUUUUUGUUCUUUUUAUAAAUCAUGGAUAAAUAUAUUGAUAGACAAAUAAAUAAAAAAUUCUUAAUUCCACAACCUUCAAGUUGUAACAAUCGUUUGAAGUAUAAAAUAUCUCAACCUGCUGCAACAAAAACAAAGAAUAAUAAAGAGGGAAACAAUGAGAGUAAUAUCAUUGAUUACAAAAAUAUUUCACUUAGUAUGACAGGAGAAAUAAGUUCAAGUUUUAUACAUAGAAACAGUUUAACGCAAAGGCAGCGUAAUGUCACUUCUAUGGUCGACACAGAAGACGAUGAUGAACAAUUUAUAUUAAAUAUGAAAACGAUGAUUGAUAAAAAUUAUAAAAUGCAGAAUAAGGAAAAUUUUAGUAUAAAAGAUUUGCAGAGCAAAUCAUAUUUAUUAAGAAAAAAGAAGUGUGCAUUCAAUGAUGAAGAUCAAAAUUUGAUGAAACGAUUUAAAAAAUCUUUAGACAAAAGCAAAAUUUUGUGUGUAGCUCCGCAGUCUGAGCAACAGUCUGUUUUUGAUCACAAUUGUUCGACAGCCUUACAAAUUACUCCAGCCACUGUUAAAUAUAACGCUACAGAUACGAAUUUCAGAAUACAUUAAGUUUUAUCUUGUCAAUUUUGAUAAAACAAUACGCUAAGAAGUAAAAAGACAAUAGGCAAUAAACAAAAAAAAGGAAAUAAAGAUUGUAGACCUUAACCGUUAAACAUUAUAGGGUCUGGAGACCCUCGUGAAAAAAUUUUACUUCCGUGUCAUUUUAUUCUAGAUGAGAAAUGAAAUUAGUUAACAACAUAGUAAUCGAUAGGGAAGAUUUUAAACUUUUUUCCGCUUAGCCUGAUUUUUCAUUCUCAUUUCAUCUUUAUACAGCAAGCGAUCGAAAUUUCAGGAAGAUUUCUAGUAGUGUGUUUAGGAGUUAAUAAAUAUAUUAGAAAUGUUAAAUUUACUAAAUGGCAGUAUAUUUUCAAACGAAUAAAAUACAUGUUUUUUUUUAAUGAAAAAAGAAUUUAAUCUAUUAUUUUUCAAAGUUUUUCAGAUGUUAGAAAACAUUGUUAGAAAACAAUGUUUUUUAAACAUUAAAAUAAAAAUAAAUUUUGCUGAGGAUAACUCCAAAGAGAAUUGAAAUGUUUGUUAUUAAUAUUGAAUAAAAAGAUGUUUUCAAAUAUUGUUGCUUUCUUUAACUGUGCCUUGAUUUUGAUUAGUCUUUUGAAAACUUUGUUUUAUUGAUUUUCGAAAGUUCAAAUUAAAUUUAUUUUAUUAUUGAUUAAAAUAAACGUUUUUUAAUGAAAAAAGGAACUUAAUCCGUUACUUUUAACUUUUU